AUGAGGUUUGAGUUAGAAGAAUCUGAGUGGUAUCGCUUAGAAAAAGGAACUUCACCAUGGAUGUCAUUAUUGACUCCAGUGAAUUUCGUUAUCCCAGCAAAUGAAUUCACACAAAUUGAUGAUGAAAUAUUAGAAGAAGAAGAUCUAAACUCUCUACCCACUGUACCAGUAUCGGAUGAAUAUUUUACUGUUGAUUAUCAUAUCAUAUAUUCAACUUCCUAUAAAGUUCCUGUACUUUAUUUUAAUGCCUACAAUAGUG